GGGAGGGGGUAAGGCAAACAUAGGUGUGUCUCCAACAGGACUUAUUCAAGGCUCAGUUUGAUCUGUGCAGACCUCAGUGGGUUUUCCUGCCGUGUGUGUGUGGUGUCCCUUGACUCAUGGCUCGGCUCUGCUGCACAGAGGGCCGGCUGCUUCUGCUGGUCCUGACGCUGGUGCUCAGCGCUGAGGCCAGAGACAGGAGGCCAAUGACACUGAGGAGGACGAAGAGGGAGUGGAUCCUUCCUCCUGCUAAGCUGAUGGAGAACACAGACUACACCAACAGGGAAUUCAUUGCCAAGAUUCGCUCUGAUAAAUCAGAAAAUACGGAGGUGAAGUAUUAUCUCUCUGGACCAGGAGCUGAUCAGCCACCCUACAACCUAUUUGUGGUGGACCCUAUCAACGGGUUUGUACGCAUCACUGGUGUGCUGGACCGGGAGAAAACUCCUUUCUACAAUCUAACCGGGAAGGCUUUGUUCAAAGAUGGACGAGCAGCAGAGGCGGACAUCCCACUGAAUGUCGUAGUCCUGGACAUGAACGACAACGAUCCUUAUUUCGAGCUGCAUACUGGCAACAUCAAAGAGGGAAGCAAAAAAGGGGCCUUUGUUAUGCAGAUCGAGGGGAAAGAUGAUGACGAAGCUGGAACAGUUAAUUCACAGAUCUACUACUCCAUCGCCAGCCAGGAGCCACGAGGCACAGGUCACAUGUUCACUAUAGACCAUCGGACAGGCAAGGUGUACGUCAAGGAGGCCACCCUGGACAGAGAGACUUGUGACUUCUACAAACUGGUUGUACAUGGGAGUGAUAUGGGAGGGGCACCGGGGGGACGAACUGGGACAGGAACUGUGGAGAUAAGAGUCCUGGACAUCAAUGAUAACAUCCCCACUCUGGAAAAAUCUGAGUACAGUGGCAAAGUGGAUGAAAAUGUUGCUGAUGUAGUUGUGAUGAGAAUAAAAGCACUGGACAAAGACCUUCCGAAGACAGACAACUGGGUGACUGUCUUCGAGAUCGCCAAAGGAAAUGAGAACAAUCUCUUCUCCAUUGAGACAGACAGAGAAACCAAUGAGGGCAUCCUCAAAUUGAUCAAGGCCGUGGAUUAUGAAGAAGUCAAGAAUCUUGAACUCGGCCUGGUUAUUACCAAUGUAGCUCCUUUUGUGGAAGGGGACGCUUUACUGAUGGAUGUGGACGUUCAAAUUGGAGAGGGUGGUCCACUGCCUGCUGGAGCCGGUGGAGCAAGUGGAGCUUCUGCCGGAGCUGGUGGAGGUGCAGGUGGAGGUGCAGGAGUAGACCUGGGAGUAGACCUGGGGUUGGAUGCAGGUGGGGGUGUAGGUGUUGACUUGGGCCUAGAUGCUGGCCUUGAAGGAGGACUUAAGCCUGGAGUGGGUGGUGGACUUAAGCCAGGUGUCAAACCAGGCGUCAAACCAGGUGUCAAACCAGGCGUCAAACCAGGCGUCAAACCAGGACAAAAGCCUCCGCCAAAAAGCUAUCCCAUCAAGAUAGCAGUGAAUAAUGUGCCGGAGGGUCCUGCGUUCAUGCCUGACACCAAGAAGGUUCCUGUAUCAGAGGAUCCAAAUGAAGCACCCAAGGAUGGUGUGAUCACAGUGUUCGCUGCUGUCGAUCCAGACACCGGAAAGCCCGCUGAAGAUGUCAGUUACGCCAAAGCCUAUGAUCCAGACAACUGGUUUUCCAUUGAUAAAGACACAGCUGAGAUUAAACUCAACAAGGUACCAGAUAGAGAGUCGCCGUUCUUGGUGAAUGGUACCUACAUUGCCAAGAUCCUGGCCAUAACCACAGACAUGCCAUCAAAGACAGCCACAGGAACAAUAGCCAUUCAAGUGUUGGAUAACAAUGACCACUGUCCCACCCUGACCACCGCCCGCAGCACUCUCUGCUCGAAUGUCAAAACUGUUAUUGUCACUGGCUUUGAUGAGGAUGUGAGUCCCAAUGCAGCUCCAUUUAAAUUCAGAAUCAUACCGGAAGGGACACAAGGCAGCUGGGACGUAGAAGUCAUCAAUGAGACGAGUGCUGCUCUACACUCCCACGAGGCGCUGUGGCCCGGCUCAUACCAGCUGCAGGUGGAGGUGGUGGACGCUAAGGGUCUGUCUUGCCCGACCAAUGAAAUUUUUACUGUGGACGUUUGUACCUGUGUGGACACAGGGGACUGCAUGGUAAAGGCUGCCAGACUAGAAAGUACUUCCUCUAAGCUCUCUGCCUCAGCCAUCGGCCUGAUGCUAGCGGCUAUGUGCUUACUGCUGUUCAUCCUUUUUCUCCUGCUGUUCUGUCAAUGUGGAGGAGCAGACACCAUCUUUCCUGACCAAUUUAGUGAUCUGCCAUUUGACACCAAAGAACACCUCAUGUCCUACCACACUGAAGGCAAAGGCGAUGAUAAGGGAGUGCCACUCCAAUCUGUUCCUAUCAGCUUGGGUACUCAGAAGAAAGUUGGGAGUGCACCAGUGCCAAUCGUCAACAUGCUUCCUUCCAAAAUCACUGGAAAUCAGAAAACUGCAAUCUAUGACGAAUCUGUGUAUAACUUUCAGGAAACCAGCCAAAAUUUUACGGAGGUUGACAACCUCUACCGAUUUUCAAGGAAAUCGUUCAACUAUGGCAAUGGCAGUGCUGCAUUUGGCACGCAAACGUUUGGUGUCCAACGCACCGCAUCUCUGUAUGAUGAUAUAGCCCUACCUGACGCUUUUCUCAAAGAUUACUACUCACAGAAAGCGAUGUGUGCUGUCCCACUGAACGAUGACCCUUUGGAGUAUAGUUUUGAGGGCCAGGGCUCUUCUGCUGGCUCAGUGGGCUGCUGCAGCCUCCUGGAGUCUGACAACGAAGACUUCCUCGAUAACCUCGGGUUUAAAUUCAGGACCCUGGCUGAGAUCUGUUCGCCUCCUACAACAACACCCACACCUGUUCUGAAACAAACAAUGGCAGGUGCUAUCAAAACCACAGUCAAUAUUGUUGAACCUGUUGUUAAGCCCAAAACGGAGCACAGUGUUGAAACAAAGCAUAUCGAUAUAAAGACAGAAAAAGUCACGUCAUCUACUAACAUCUCGAAAUCAUCCGUCAGCACUGUAAGCACGACACAUCCUGCCUCCAAGGUUACUAACAUCAGUCAUUCUGCUUCCCUGCCCCGUCAAACCCAGACAGUCUUACUUCAGCAGCAGCCAGUUUACUACACCACCAGCCCUGUAAUGCAGCCCAUGCACUAUGUAGUUCAGCCACAACUUCAGAACACGGUUUUGUUGGCGGAUGGGGCCUCUAGAGCCAAUUUACCAGGCAUGUUUGUAAUGAGUGGGUCCCAGAGUAUUUCUUCUGGACUCCUAAUCAGGGGACCCCAAGGCUCUCCUUCUGGGCCAGUUAUCCAGGGCACUCUGACCCCAAAAAGCCCUGUCAGCCCUGUCGGUCCAGUAAGCCCCUCCCUGUUUCUACCUGGUGGACCAGGUGUGUCUCAGGUCUCAGUCCCUGCGGAGGGCUUGAAAAUAGUAGGGCCAAAUCCUGAUGGUACUUAUAUGUUGGUUAAAGAAAAGAGUAGUCUGGGUGAGGUAGAGGGGGUGGAUCCAGGCUCACCUCAGGGCACUUUGCCCAGAGGUGCUAUCCUGGUUAAAGAGGCUGUUCCCCCUCAGGGGGUGUUAGGCCCAGCAGCCCAGGGGAGUGUGUAUGGCAUUCUGCCAGGACACACUGUUGCUAUAAAGGGGGGUAUUGUUGCAGUAAAUAGCAAUAUGGGGCAAACAUGGGUUGGGCAGCCGGGGCAGGUGGGGUUAGGGCCGGUCCCUGUUUUGGGAGUUGGUGUUGGGCAGCCAAGAAUGGGAAUGGGACAUGUGGUAACAGUAAAGCCUGAAGUCACACAGGCUGGAACUUGGCCAGCUGGGAUAAAUCCAGUUGGGAUUAGGCAGGUCAGUGUAAACCAGUUCCAAGGAAUUCAGCCAAUGGAGCAAACAACGGAUGCUGGUGAAAUUCUAAAAGCAUGUAGAAUAGAUUCACCAAAGGUAGACAAGAUCACUAGUGUUGUGAAUACUAUCAUUACUGCUGAAACAGCUAAAACUCAUCCUCCUUCAAAGGAAGAACGUACCAUGAAAAAUUUGUUUAAGGAUGACAGUGCUCGAGUUCAGGACAUGCAUAAUGAGACAGUUGAAGAAAAGCAAGAUGUGAUCACCUACACAUCAGAGCAUGACACAACACUACCCGAAGAGGAGCCUAGCACAGAAGAAAAUGUGGGCAGACAGGAAGCAGCACCUUCAAAGGAUGAAGUUGUGGAAGAAGGAAAUCAGCUCAGCACAGGUCCAAAGGACAGAAGUCCUGAAGUUGGAUUGGAACCUCAAUCAAACAAAGUCACAGAUUCUAAAAGUGACAGGGACCUGGAGGAAGAUGUCAGUCCAGCAGAGAAAGUUGUUUCAGACGUAGAAACAAAUCAGGUCACUGCCAUUAUUGAUGGUAUGCAGGCUGAUGAGAAUAUGGAGGGAACUACUCCUGUCACCAGUGAUGAGGAGAAGGAUGUGCAGGAGCAACUGUUGGAUUCUGAAGUGGGUCUCAAUACUGCAGGUGAUGAAUUGUCUGCAACUCCGCCAAAUGAGAUUUCAACAGAGACCGAGAAUGUGUGUGAGAAGAGGUCCAUCCCUAAACAAGAAGCAACGCCAGAACUAAAGGUGGAUGCUAGUGAAGGGAAUAAAAUAUACCAAGGUCAAACAAAGACAGAUAUCUUUGAUGCUAAAGCAAGAACACCAUUGCAAACUGUGAGCCCUAUUUUAACUAACCAACCAGAAGGAGAUCUGAACAAUUCACAUUUGAUAUCAGAGGAAGUACAGGUAGAGAGCUCUAAUGUGUCAACCAUUUCAACAUUAGAGCAAGAUCUGCAAACAGACUGUAGCACUGGCCACAAAGAAGAUGAUGAUCAACUUCAUAUAACAUCAGAAUCAAGAAUAGAUGAGGAUCAAGUCAAUGCAGAUGCAGACAGUAUUAGUGAUGGAGAGAGAGAAAUGGGUGUUGUGUCACAGCAGAGUCUCAGCACCUCUGGUGACCAAUACGAAGACAUUGAAACACAACAUGCUUUGAGUUCUCAAAUUGAGAACAUCUCAGAUGACUAUAUUACUGGUGAAGAAAAAGACGAAGAUGCUGUGGAGGAAAUGGGGUCACAGGUACAGCACAAUAUAGGCUUCUCAGAUGACCAAGAUGAAGAUGAAGAUGCAUCAUGUACCAGUUCGCAAGUGGAUGAUACCUUAAUAGCAGAUGAUGACAUAAAUGUUCCAGAGAAAGAAGAGGAGGAGGAGGAGGAGGCGGAGGAGGAGACUCUAGAGGAGGGGAUGUUAUCCAUACAGCAAAAUGUUAGCAUCACAGACUACCAAGAUGAAGAGAUUGAAGGUGAAGCUGUAUCAAAAAGAAAUUCUCCUUUGGAGGAUCAGCACAUUGCAGAUGGAAAUAUGGAUAUUGAAGAGAAAGAAGAGGAAAUUGUGGAGGAUGUGACAUCACAAAUACAGCCACAUCUUAGCAUCUCCAACGAUAAAGAGAUUAGAAGAGUAGAUGCAGGAAGUGUGAUUUACCAAGUGGAGGAUCAAUUUAUCCCAGACAUUGAAAGACAACAUGCUUUGAGUUCUCAAACUGAGAAAAUCUCAGAUUACUAUAUUUCUGAUGAAGAGAAAGACGAAGAUGCUCUGGAGGAAAUGGGGUCACAGGUAAAGCAAAAUAUAGGCUUCUCAGAUGACCAAGACAAAGACGAAGAAGAAGAUGCAUCAUGCACGAGUUCUCAAAUGGAUGACACCUUAAUGUCAGACGAUAACAUAAAUGUUCCAGAGAAUGAGGAGGAGGACGAGACUCUAGAGGAAGUGGUGUUAUCGAUACAGCAAAAUGUUAGCAUCACAGACUACCAAGAUGAAGAGAUUGAAGGUGAAGCUGUAUCAGAAAGAAAUUCUCCUUUGGAGGAUCAGCACAUUGCAGAUGGAAAUGUGGAUAUUGACGAGAAAGAAGAGGAAACUGUGGAGGAAGUGACAUCACAAAUGCAGUCACAUCUUAGCAUCUCCUAUGAUGAAGAGAUUAGAAGAGUAGAUGUAGGAAGUGUGAUUUACCAAGUGGAGGAUCAGUUUAUCCCAGAAGACAAUAUAAGAGAUGGAGCGAAAGAGGAGGAUAUUGUGGAGUUUGGAGUGUCACAGCAGAGUCUCAGCACAUCUAAUGAGCAAUAUCAAGACAUUGAAACACAACAUGCGUUGAGUUCUCAAAUUGAGAACAUCUCAGAUGACUAUGUUACUGAUGAAGAGAAAGACGAAGAUGCUGUGGAGGAAAUGGGGUCACAGGUACAGCACAAUAUAGGCUUCACAGAUGACCAAGAUGAAGACGAAGAAGAAGAUGCAUCAUGCACAAGUUCUCAAAUGGAUGAUACCUUAAUGUCCGGUGAUAACACAAAUGUUCCAGAGAAUGAGGAAGAGGAGGAGGAGACUCUGGAGGAAGUGAUGUUAUCUAUACAGCAAAAUGUUAGCAUCACAGACUACCAAAAUGAAGAGAUUGAAGGUGAAGCUGUAUCAGAAAGAAAUUCUCCUUUGGAGUAUCAGCACAUUGCAGACGGCAAUGUGGAUAUUGAAGAGAAAGAAGAGGAAAUUGUGGAGGAAGUGACAUCACAAAUGCAGCCACAUCUUAGCAUCUCCCAUGAAGAGAAUAGUGAUUAGAUUAGAGACUAGAAGAGUAGAUUUAGGAAGUGUGAUUUACGAAGUGGAGGAUCAGUUUAUCCCAGAAGACAUACAGACAUAAGAUAUGGAGUGAAAGAGGAGGAUAUUGUGGAGGAACCGGUGUAACCUGAACGUCAAACAACUUUCAUCUCAGAUGAAGACAGUGAAGAAGGAGAUGCAUCCCACACAGUUUCUCAAGUGGAGGAGCUCAUAUCAAAUGGCAGUGUAAGUGAUGGAGAAAAGGAGGCGCCAUAUAUACAGCAACAUAUUAGAUAAUCAGAAAACCAAGAUGAAGAAGGUGAAAGAGAAGAUGGAACAGGCACAAGUUAUCACAUUGAGGAAGACGGAAUAAAGUCUUUCCAGCAAAUAGAAGAGGAUUCUCAGUCUUUGGAGACUGAAUGUUUAUAUGAGGAAGAUCUUUAUUUAGCAAGUCAACAUGCAGAGAUUAAUCAGGUGGCAGCAACGUCAACGAUGAUUGAAUCUCAAGAAAUGCCUUGUGAAGUUACACAUCAAGUAAGCCAAGGGGUAGACUCUUCUCAGAGAGGAGAUAUAACUCUGGAUAUUCCUGAGAGACAAGUCACUAUUGGUCAAGUGUUAAUGAGGGCUGCUGACAUGGAUGAUGUGGUCACAUCUUCAGAGGAACUGAGACCAUCCUGGGUGGCCAAAGGACAGGUUUCUAUGUUCAGUGAAGAUAAAGGGGCCAGUGGUAGAAUAUUGGCAUCCGGACAAGUAGCUCAGGGAGAAACAACUCAGUCUGAUUUCCAGAACACCAAUGUAAUUCAAAUUGAACAGAGUGAGGGUGGAGAUCUCGCUUUGGAAAAAGGAAAAACAGAGGCCACUUCUGACCGAGGGAUUAGAGAGGGAUUCAAUAACAGGGCAACUAAUGCAUCUGGUCAGGUAUCACCAAAAUCUAAUUGAGAGAUUAGAGUGGUGGACCCGGCCAUAUCUUCAGUGUUGGAAACAGUUCAAGGCCCAGCAGGGACAGAAACUGCAUGUCUUUUUGCAACAAGUGAGGUAGCUGAGGAGGCUGGUUACCUUGUUCAGAAUGAGAGCAUGCAAAUGACUGGAGAAGCAGCAGAGGUAGGCCCAAAGACUGUGGGGAAAGCAGGUUUGAUAGAGGUUGUCUCAGAAGCUCCCAAUUACAUGCAUGGGGCUGAGGCCAGUGAUGGUGAAGUGAAUCCGGUAUAGAUUCAGACAGUCAUCAGCCAAACUCCUCACAGCAAAUCCAGAAAGAGCAAAAAGGACUCUAACAAGGAUACGCAAAGUCCAAAAAGCCCUUCU